AUGAUGAAAAGCUACUUAUCGGAAGAAGAUAAACUGAAGUUAACCAUAAAAAAAAACUAUUUGGAGAGAGAUGCCAUUAAAACGAAAAUUUUGAACUACUUGAAUAGGUUGUCGCACCUGUGCUCAGAUGAACAAGGUGAGCUUAACAGAAGAGAAAGACAGAAGCGGGGAUUCUUCGAGGAAAACUUGGAGGACUUUCCCGAAUUCAGGGUAGAGAAGCGGCCCAAGCUAGAGGAAGAUGAAAGGACGGUGACGAGAAACAGGAGGCUUCUUCAAGUGGGGCUGUUUGAGCACCUGAAAAAAGCGAAGGAUGCCCUUGAACAAGAAAAAAGCAACGAAACCGUCAUCAGGCAACAAAUGCAAAAUAAAAGAGUGGAACAAAAAUUACAGGAAGAAAAAAAAGAAUUUGAAAAAUACCAACUUGAAGAUAUAGAGAAAAAAAUAAUUACACACAUGAAGGAAAUAAAAAAUGCGGACUCUCACAUAAAAAUAGACGAAGCAAAAUUGAUGAAAUUAAGUUUAAUUAAUCAUUACGAGAAAAUGAAGAAUUUCAUAAGUACGAAUUGUCAACCAACCAUUUUUUGGUGCCCUUUUAAAUUUAACUCCAAAACAGAAAUGCUGCAAAAGGAGACUGACAAUUUUAUUAGAAAAAAAAUAGACGCUAUUAAGGAAUCGAAUUAUGAGGUGGACUUUGAGGAAGAGCCUUGGGUGCGUCAGUUUCAAAACUUGAAGGAAAUCGUGCGCAGACGCAACAGGGGAGAGGGAGAAGCUACGGUAGCGCAGAACGCCGUGAACCACGCAGAUCGUGCAGAGCAGGAAGUCAAGGAAGACGAGAAUGACGAGAAAGAUGUGGAAAACGAGAAAGAUGACGAAAAAGAGAACGAUGAAGAAAACGAGAAAUAUGUGGAAAACGAGGAAAAUGAAGAAAAAGAGAACGAUGAAGAAAACGAGAAAUAUGUAGAAAACGAGGAUAAUGAAGACAACGGGAAAGAUGUGGAAAACGAGGAAGAUGAGGAAAAUAUCGUGGAAACGAAAUCCCCCAAUGGAAGUCACUACACUGAUGAGGAAGAGCAAGAUACGCAGGGCACCCCCAAGAAAAGCACCAGUAACGACUCCGACGUGAACACCUUGCAAAAGGGUAAUACCUGCCCUGCGGGGGACAGUAUAGGCCGCGACGAAUUUUACCCGGGAAGCACCGGCCAGGAGGACUCGAAAUGUAGGGAGGCCAGCGAAGCGAACGAAGCGCAUAGCGGGGAUGAAGCAGGUGAGCGAAACGAUACGAACGAGACGAUAGAAUUGGACAAAGCCAACGAGCACAACGAGGCCAAUAUCACGAACGAGACGAAUGAAACCAUCGAAUUGGAAGAAGUGCACGAAGCCAACGUCACGAACGAAACGAAUGAAACCAUCGGUGACAAUGACGCCCCCGGGGAACACGCGCACCCGGUUCAGAAAAAAGCCGGGAAAAAAAAAAGGGGCAGACCAAAAAAAAAAGGGAGGUGA